AUGACUACAAAAGAAUAUCUCACUGGAUUAUAUUCAAUAGAACAAGAAAUUUCAUUAAUUAGAAAAAUUAUGGAAAGUAUUAAUAAUGAAGAAGAAAUGUCACCUACUUCUUUAAUUAAUUUAGCUACAUUAAAUUGUCUUAUUGGAGAUGUAGAAACAGGAGAUUUAUUAUUAAAAGAAUUUGAAGAUAUUUCUAAAAGAGAAACAGAUGCUAGAAAAUCAAUUCGUUUAUUUAAAAAACAUCAAAUUGCUCAAUUAAGAAAUAGAAGAAAACAUAUUAGAACAUUUAUAUUAAAUACUCAAACUAUUUUAAAAGAACAACGAAAGAAAUAUUCAUUUAAUAAAUCAAAAGAAGUAUUUCAAAUGUAUCCUCGUGAAAUUAAUGUACUUCAUUUUGAAGAAGUAUUUAAAAAUAAAAAUCCAAUUAAUAUUGAAUUAUGUAGUGGUUAUGGUGAAUGGUUAAUUACUAAAGCUGAAGAAAAAAAAGAAGAAAAUUGGAUUGGAAUUGAAUUAUAUCGUGAUCGUGUUUAUAAUUCUUGGGCUACUAAAAUAUUUGCUGGAUUAGAUAAUGUUGCUUGUGUUUGGGGAGAUGCAAUGAAUGUUUUAAUGUUAAAUAUAAUGCCAGAAAGUAUUGAUAAUAUUUAUUUAAAUUUCCCAGAACCACCAAAAUAUGAAAAUUCUCCUACAAAUUUAUUUACAAUUCAAUUCUUUUUCCAAGUUGCUCGUAUACUUAAAUUGGAUGGAAUCUUUUGUUUAUUAACUGAUUCUCCUAUUGUUGUUAAUAUUGUUAAUAAACAAUUUGCUCAUAGUGAAAUUUUAAGAAAUAAAUUCCAAAUUCAAGGAAAAACUAUGUUUGAAAAGAAAAUCCCUGAUGGUUAUGGUACUUCAUAUUUUGAUCAAUUAUGGAAGAAUGGUAAGAUUAACCAAGAUAGAUUCUUUAUGAAAAUUAAAAAAAUUAUGUGA